GUUGUGGGUGCUCUAAAGUUCUCCUCCGCCUCUGCUGCUUAGUCCUACUGAUGGCAAGCGCUUGGAACAUGAGCAUUGCAAUGGUUCAUAGGGAUUUAGAGAGGGAAUGGGAGAUCAAUGUUGGACUUGUUUCAUAUUCUGUUUUUUUUUUUUUUCAAAAAAAAUCAUUAUUUUGGAUAUUCUUGCUCCAAAAAAUAUUGGGAAGAUCUAGAAAAAAUAUAGAUUUUCUUAUAGUAGCUUGUGGAGCACAUUGGAGCAAAUAAGCAUGUUUGGAGCUUGUGGAGCACUGCUCUCACCAAGGAUUGCUCUCACUUGGUUUGCUUCAUACAUAUUUUGGGGAUGGAAAGCUGGUCUGAGUGGAGAUUCUUUGUCAAUAGCAGUGAACUUUAGUCCUUUAUUUAUUUGUCUUCUUUUAUUCGUAUCUGCAGUUACACCUCUCUACUUUUUUUUAACAACCUUUGUGAACAAUGAGUGGUCGUUUUUCUCGGUCCAUCUAUGUCGGUAACUUGCCCGGCGACAUUAGGGAGUCUGAGAUUGAAGAUCUCUUUUACAAGUAUGGCCGCAUAGUUGAUAUUGAAUUGAAGGUUCCACCUCGCCCUCCAUGCUAUUGCUUUGUUGAGUUUGAGCAUGCUCGGGAUGCGGAAGACGCCGUCGAUGGCCGUGAUGGCUACAACUUUGACGGGUGUCGCUUGAGGGUUGAGCUUGCCCAUGGUGGUCGAGGGCAGUCUUCAGGUGAUCGUCGUGGUGGAUACCGUGGUGGGGGUGGCUAUGGUGGUGGAGGUGGAUCUGCCCGCUUUGGCGUCUCACGACACUCUGAGUUCCGAGUUAUUGUGCGUGGGCUUCCAUCAUCUGCUUCAUGGCAAGAUUUGAAGCCGUCAUUUCAGGAUCAUAUGCGGAAAGCUGGUGAUGUGUGCUUUGCUGAGGUCACUCGUGACAGUGAUGGAACGUAUGGUCUUGUUGAUUACACCAAUUAUGAUGACAUGAAGUAUGCUAUAAGGAAACUUGAUGAUACAGAGUUCAGAAACCCCUGGGCCAGAGGCUAUAUCAGGGUUAAGAAAUACGAAAGCUCCCAGUCGAGAAGCCCAAGCAGAAGCAGGAGUCGAAGCCGUAGCCGAGGCCGUGGUCGCAGCCCUAGCCGCAGCAUUAGCAGAAGCAGGAGCCCAAGGAAGGAUCUUAGCAAAUCACCAAGACGUUCCCUUUCCAGAUCGAUAUCAAAAUCUAGAUCUCCAUCUCCCGACAGGAAGAAGAGUCCUCCUAGGGCAAUGUCGAAAUCGAGGUCCAGGUCCAGGUCCAGGUCCAGGUCUCUUUCAAAAUCUCCUGCCAAGGUUCGGGAAGGCAGUGGAUGAUUGCUAAAGUUGUCAAGCCAAAGAUGGAACGAGAUAGACUUGGAGUUUUAUAUAAAGCUCAAAGUUGUAGUUGGUUUCUCUGUUGAAUACUUUUUUUUAUUUAUAUGUGCCUACUUUGUGUUUACAACAUGUUAUUUUAGCGGUUCUUUGAAAUAUUUGUGAAACGAUAUUUUCAUCACUUAAUUUUCAUUCUACUUCUGAAUG